AUGAGGGAAAGUGGUUUACCUCCAAAACCAACCCCCGUUCCUACGGUCAUGUACCAGGAUAAUGUAUUUCAGCCACAAGCACACGCCAACCUAACCGAUUUACCGUGGGAUGCUGUAGUUUUCGUGGCAUUCAUCUUGUUUUCUACCGUCUAUCCAUUAUGGAGUCGAUUUCUAGGCGUAAAGGAAAAAUCAAAGGCCGAGUAUGUCUUUGGACUAGGGAAAAUCUCUUCCGUGGCCAUGAUCCUCUCGAUAUCUCGAAGCACUUUGGGAGUACGAUCUGUUCUGGGCUACCCAAGCGAACUGUUCUACAGAGGAACGGCCAUGUUCGAAACCUUGUAUGGAAUGGUCGCAGCAUAUCCUUUAGUAUGUUUUCUGUUUAUACCGGUCUAUUUUAACUUGGGUAUCACCUCAGUUUAUCAGUAUUUGGACUUCAGGUUCAACAGUCGUUUAGUCCGGUGUUUGGCUUCGAUGACGUUCAUAAUUCGGAGUAUCCUUAUCCUGGGGGUUAACGUCUUUACUCCAUCUGUGGCGUUAAAAACUGUGCUUGGCAUUCCUUACUGGAUAUCGCUAUUGGGGAUUUCCUCCCUCAGUAUUCUCAUAAACAUCCUCGGAGGAAUCAAAGCUGCCAUAACGGCUGAUGUCGUUCAGACUGUAACUAUGAUUUUAAUAUCGAUUGGAAUUGUCAUUCAGUCGAUGGUGGAUGUUGGAGGAUUCGAGCAGAUUUUCAUAAUUCCUGCUGAUAGAGAUCGUUUAAGCUUCUUCAACUUUACCGGGGACCUAACGGUUCGCGUUGAUACCACUUCAGCAUUGUUGGGACAACUAGUAAUGUCACUAUCCAUCAUCGGGUGUCAGCAAACCUACGUUCAGCGCUACCUUAUCAUGAAAAGUUUCAAAGAAGUUCGCCAAACACUUUUUAACAAUAUACCAGUAGCCGCAAGUUUGUUUUGUUUGGCAUGGAUUGUUGGUUUCGGUGUAUUUUCAGUCUAUGCCGAUUGUGAUCCACUAAAAGCUGGUUAUACCGAAAAAAUUGACGAAAUUCUUCCGUUUUUUAUGCGCGACAGAUUCUCGUAUCUGCCAGGAAUGCUCGGACUUUUCAUGGCAUCUCUUUUCAACGGUGCUCUCAGUGUCGCUAUCUCGAACCAGAAUUCUCUGGCCACGGUCACUUGGGAAGACUUUAUCUCAAUCCACCCUAAAUUUAGGGAAUUUACUGACCGACAACAGUUGACGACUAUCAAACUGAUCGCAACCAUGUAUGGAAUAGCUACGAUGGGCGUUGGAUUUCUCGUUGCACUUCUUCCUGGAGUUAUCGAGAGCAGUAUGCUGAUGACUUCUGCUACAACUGGACCACUGUUGGGGGUAUUUCUGCUAGCAAUACUUGUGCCGGCGGCAAAUUGGAAAGGAGCCGCAUGGGGAAUGAUUGUAUCACAUAUCAUUACUCUGUGGAUCACAUUUGGUGGUCUGAUGGUCGAGAAGCAAACCAAUCUUCUUCCAACCAGUAUUGAGGGUUGCACUUAUGAUAGCAUUACUUCAUCAAUUUACAAUAUUACUCUUCAACAAUUGCCUAACAGUGUGGCAUUCAACGAAUCCCAUAUUGACAGCGUCUCCAAAUUUCACCUCAACGGAAAUAGGGAUUCUUCCCCGCUUAAUAUUUUCGCCAUAUCUUAUAUGUACUACAGUAUAAUAGGAACAAUCAUAACCCUUUGCGUAGGAACAGUGGUCAGUUACUUGUUCCAGAGUUCGGAAAAUGCUUAUGAUCAUAGGUUGUUGCAUCCUUUAGUGUUAAAAACCAGCAGGAAGUUGCCGGGUCGAGAACGUCGAUUUGUUGUCAACCCAUGGAUUAGGCAAAGAAACUCAGAAUGUAGUGCGUAA